AUGUCGUACUACUUCACCAUUGUCGGCACGCGCGACAAUCCGUUGUUUGAACUGGAGUUCGGCACCUCUAAAGGCGGCGGAGACGGAGUCGCGCGGUUUCGAGACGAAGCACGGCAUUACAAUCAAUUCAUCGUGCACGCCGCUCUGGACAUGGUGGAAGAGGUGCAGUGGACUAAUAAAGACCUCUAUCUGAAGAGAGUAGACACCUACCAGAACAACUACAUCCACUGCCUGCUCACUGGCGGCAACGUCAAAUUCAUGCUCCUCAUGAAUCCGGACCCAGCGACGACACCCUACUCGACAUAUCAGACCUCGCCGCCAUCACGUGCGGCAUCGGCUCGACAGAGCUUACUCUUAGCUAGCAAUCCUAACAGUCAGCAGACUGAGGAGGCUGUGAGGCAAUUCAUGAUGGAAGUCUAUGAGAACUGGAUCAAAUGUUCGAUGAGCCCGUUCUACCAAGUCAAUCAGCCGGUCACGAGCCCCAUCUUUCGCGCGAGAGUUGCCACUGCGGCGAAGAAAUAUCUGUGA